CAGCAACAGCCGCCCCAGCAGAGUGGCGGCCAUUACAUUACGCGGCUAGAAUAAUCUUCAAUCUCGUCGGCGGCAGCUGCAGCGGCCGCAGCGGCAGCAGCCGCCGCGGCUGCAGCCAUGUUACCCAUGCUGCAUCCGAAUCCGUCCUCUUCCUCCUCCCCCACACCGUCCUGUUCGUCCAGCUCGUCUUCCCAUCAGCCGCCGCUCUCACUCCACAACCCACACCAUCACACCCACCUCAGCCAGCAUAUGCAUCCCGUGCCGAGCGGUCUUUCGUCGCCGACGCCUCCAAAGGUAGCGGCCGAUAUUGUGUCGGGACUGUCCCAUCAUCUCUCCAUCCUUUCCUCCUCCUCCUCCUCCCCUACGGCCUCUUGUGCUUCAGCAACGUUGGGCGCGCUGGCUCAGUCCUCCCAUCGUCACCAACCACACCAUCUGCCACACAAUCUGCACGAUCACCACCACCAUCACUACCUGCACCAUCAUCAGCAGCAACAGCAGCAACAACAACAGCAGCAACAACACCAUCAACAUCAACAACAGCAGCAGCAGCAUCGACAACUACAUCCCUCGCACGGAUCGCCUCGGCAGUCACCACUGCACGGCAGCUCGCUACUAUCCGUCACCGGUAGUACGUUAUCGUCACUCGAGCAACACUCUGGUGCGUGCAGCAUCCCUAGCACCCAUCAUUCCACACUCUCCACCCAUCCACACUCCGCCCAGUCGGAGCCGGCACAGCUCAACUUCCAGCACGGAAACCCUCACGGCCAUCUGUUCCGCUCCACCUACCGUACCCUGUUUCGCCAUCCGGAAACAUUACCCGGUUCGGCGGCAUCCAUCACCUCACUGCGAUCGUCUUCACCCGCCCAUCAUUCCCCGUCAGCCGCUGGUCAACCUUCUGCAUCAGCUCCUCCUCCUCCUCCUCCUCCGCCGCCGCCUCCACCACCUCCUCCUUCUUCUGCGUCCUCUACCGUGUCCAACGAGCAAAGCAAUGACAGUGGGCAGGGUGCUGCACUAGCCUGCCGAGACUGAGCACCCACUCACAUACGCCGAUUGAACGAUUAUGAGCCAUUUUACCGAAGAAUUUACAUAGGAGACGCUGCUCUUACCAGGUGUAUACAGGGUUUUCGACGGUUGCAUUGACAUCGGGAAAAAGAUAUUGUUUUGCAAGUCUUUUUCAGCAAGUUGUUCAAUUGUGCAAUAGCGUUGACAAGUUCAACAAAUCCCGUUCUGCUGUCAACGCCAUCUUGUGUGAAAAAAAACUUCAACAACUUGCUGAAAGAGUCUAUUUUGUACUCCAAAAACGUUGAAAAUGUUAAUAUAGCCGUCAAAAACCCUGUAAGUUGAAGUUGUCCGGUUGUGUUUUGUUAGCAGAGCUGGUGGAGUUUAACUUACUCAAGAAUUUCUCAAGAAAACCUUGAAGGAUAUAAUAAAAAGCCUUGUCUGGAAUAUUCCAUCAAAGCCGCUGUACUCUCCAGACCUGGUCUGAUCAGGAGACUAGAUUAUCAGAUCAGAUUAAAAGCUCUUUAUCAUCAAUAUGGCAUGACCUGCCCGAGCAGGACUUCGGGAAUAAAAUUCGAUUCGAAAUAACAGUUCAAUUGCUAAGGAAUUCUCCAAUUUUCCUGGGAUUCCUGGGUUUCCUGGGACAAAACCAGGACAAGUUCAACUUUAUACACCUGAUGAACGUACGCAGCAGUAGCACAAGGCGGCGGAAAACGCAAACAAAACAACAAAACAAAAAGCAAAUCGAAGACUAUGAAAAAAAAACAAAGAUACGGUGAAAAAUGUUUAAAGUGGUAGUUCUAAAACCCCAUUGUGAUAAUACCGUAAUACGUGUUAAUUAAAAAAAAAAGUUUUUUGCAAAUAACAAUUGAACCAUAUGAACUAUUCGUGUAUGUAUGUAUAUUGUAUAUUUACCUGACACGUUUUAUUCAAUCAAACUGAAGUCACCGGAGGAAACGAACCCCGUUUUAAAUGCUAGCCUAGCUGUAAGGGUUAGGGUUUUUUUUCUUCUCUGUUUUUAAGUAUCUAUCAGCGAAUGGAAGUAAUCAUACAUACGAACAGUGUACUGCAAGUACUAGCGCACAAUAAGCCACCAAAAUGAAGGUGGGAUUUGGUUGUUAAGAGGCAAAAAAAAUGACAAAACGAAGUCUAAUCGUAUUAAUAUUUUAUUGAUUUUACUGCAAAAAACUAUAACGCAACCGUGCGUGGGUGUUCUUCACGUUUUUUUUUCGACCGUUCUUCGACCUUCGUUUCAGUUACGGUGGUGUACGCACACAAGGAAAACGGCAUGAAGUCCCUCCGUAUCGGACGGAACGCGCAACUGUAUGGCGCCAUUUUAGAGCUUUUUAGCAAUUAAAUUACAAGUUUCUACUACAACUAACAAACAUAACUAACGACGGCCUGAAUAUAAUCGAUCGGUAAACUAAUUUAUUAAUUUUUUUAAUUAUUUUAAUGUUUUUUUUAUCAUCUAUUAUUUAUGAGUUAAUCGAUAGCAAGACUAGAUAUUACGAUUGAAGGUACUGAACGACAAGAAUUGCACUCUUAGAGUGGUGGAGAAUGGAGAAAGAGACCUUUUUUGUGUGUUAACCACGGAAAAAGAUUAUUAAAGGAAACAUGCACUUGAUAUGUUACUUGUUAUGCUAUUUAUUCUUGUCUUGCGUAUUCUUGAGCGAAUAAAACGAAUAAAUUCAAUCACUCGGGACAAAUAAUGGAUGGCAAAUAUGAAUGACCGGUGCACUGUGAAACGCAGCAGGCGAAUAUAACGCUUUAUUUGUUUGUUUCUAAUGGUUAACUCCUGAAGUAUAAGCUGAAACAAAGUAGAACGUUUGCUGACAUGUGUAUGAAUUGUAAUUCAAACUUGUUUUUUUUCUGUUUUCGAACCCAAAGCUGACCUGUUGUCAUAUGUGAAUUAGAAGCAAAAAAGAAAGAAGAACCGAAACGAUCAUUAAAAAACAAAACACACGAAAUAAAAAAAGAAUAAAUUGAAACACACGCAACACACAAUUAGGGUGUACGCCGCCUGGUAGUAAUGCUAAUUAUUAGUUUUGUAUAGAAGAAUGAGCAGUGCAACAAUCUUUGCAAACAAAACAAAAAAAAACCGGUUCUAUCAAUGUAAAAUUUAAUAAACAAACGUACUAGAUGGAUGAAGCAAUAAGAAACGAGAUAGUUUGUAAAACAAAGGCUGGAAUACUGUGGAGAAACAAAAAAAAUCGUUUAGGAAAAGUGAAAAACAAAACAUCAUCAGUAAAAACGGAAAACAAAUUAACGAAUUUUGUGGAUAAAAACAAACAAAACAAAACAAACCAAAAACUACUUA